UCCAACACGCUGCUCUCUUACGUCCCGUCGGUGAGCAGUGAGCUGGCCGCGGCAGAGAUUUCUCUUUCUGAUCGGAUCUUAUUUUUUUUCUACAACUGAGCUGUUUCUAGACUUUAGCACACUCGGAAGAUAUCGUAGUAGUGUAGUUGGCACGGCGGUGCGUAACACUGCGCAAAUCAUUGUAAAGACUGCGCCUCCGUGGCAAUGGAUUGAUUUCAGUGUGGGUUUUUUUUACGACCUGUGCUUCGACCAAGUUGAGAAAACAGUCUCUAACCUGCGGUUUUCUCCUUGCAGCUACGUGUUCCAUCCGACCAGUUUUAAAAGUACAUAGCUACGGAUGUUUCUGCACAUUUUAGGACUUUGAACUUUUUCCCCCUCCUUUGCGCAUUUGCAGGAGGUGGCCGGGGGAUUUUAAGGAUUUAUUCAUUUAUAUCUAUAUAUAUUUUUUUAAACGAGUUUCUAAGGGGUUCUUGAAAGCUGCAAAGAUUUAUUUGUGAAAAGUGAUGGCCGAGCGGGGAGCUCUGUCGCUCCUCUCUCUCCUCUGUCUCACCUUUCUCUACACGGAGACCACCGCGGCAAAGCAUGCCGACAAAGGUUCAGCAGCAUACCCCUUCAGCCCCUUCUGGUUUAUGGUGGAGCCCCAGGACACACUGGCCAUCCGGGGCAAUGGCGCAUUGCUCAACUGCUCGGCACACACCGACGCAGCCACACCGGCACGAAUUGAGUGGAAAAAAGACGGCACUUUCAUGAGCCUGGCUUCUGAUGAGAGGCGACGCAUACUUCCCGAUGGCUCGCUGUUAUUCACCCACGUGGUCCACUCCAAGCACAACAAGCCGGACGAGGGUACCUAUCAGUGUGUUGCCAGUAUUGAAAACCUUGGAUCCAUUUCCAGCCGCACAGCACGUCUUUCUGUAGCAGGGAUACCCAGGUUUGCCAGCCAGCCGUCAGCGACCACCGUGCAUGUAGGCGACAGCCAGGUCAUACGAUGUGAGGUUAACUCAGAUCUGGUGCCCUUCACACGCUGGGAGAAAGACAGACAGCCGCUGGAGCUGAACACCAGACUGAUCCAGCUGCCCAGCGGAUCUCUGGUUAUCAGCAAUGCUUCAGAAACCGACGCUGGACUCUAUCGCUGUCUGGUGGAAAAUGUGGGCUCUUCCAAGUCCAGCGAUGAGGCCCAGCUGCAGGCACUGCCAGAAACUGGAGAAGAAAGGAAACUGGAGUUCCUGGUUCAGCCUGUGUCUGUUGCCAAGGUGUUGGGUACCAGUGUGCUGCUCCCAUGUGUGGUCAGUGGUUUCCCUUCGCCACUAAUCCGAUGGAUGUUUGGAGACAAAGUCCUGGAAGAAAGUGAGGGUCGUGUGGAAGUGGUGGGAGGAGGCAGUCUCCAGAUUUCCAAUCUAACGGAGGAGGAUGCUGGCAUGUACACCUGUGUGGCGGACAAUUCCAACACCACCAUUGAAGUACAGGCCCAGCUCACAGUACAAGUUCCUCCCCAGUUUGUCAAGCCGCCAGCCAACAUUUACGCCCACGAGUCCAUGGACAUUGUCUUUGAGUGUGAAGUUUCAGGAUCACCGGCUCCAACCGUCAAAUGGGUCAAGAACGGAGACGCUGUCAUCCCCAGUGACUACUUCAAAAUCAUUAAGGAACACAACCUGCAGGUUUUGGGUCUGGUCAAGUCGGAUGAAGGUUUCUAUCAGUGUCUGGCAGAAAACGAUGCAGGCAACAUUCAGUCGAGUGCUCAGCUCAUCAUCCUAGAUCACGACGUAGCCCUGCCCUCCUUCCCUCCCCCUUCACUGACUCCUAACACUACUGACCAUGUAACGCCAGGCUCCGGAGGUGUAGGAAGUCCAGCAGGGCCAGCUCCCUCCGCCCCUAGAGAUGUCGUGGCUUCGCUGGUGUCCACUCGCUUCAUCAAGCUUACCUGGCGCCAACCGGCUGAACCGCACGGUGACGAUUUAACCUACUCCGUUUUCUACAGCCAGGAAGGCAACAGCAGGGAGCGGGUAGUAAAUACCAGCCGUCCAGGGGAAAUGCAAGUCACCAUCCAGAACCUCAUGCCAGACACCAAAUAUCGCUUCAGGGUUGUGGCUCACAACAGCAAUGGGCAGGGUGAGAGCUCUGCAGCGCUCAAAGUGGCCACCCAAGCUGAAGUACAAGUGCCGGGCCCUGCUCCAAACCUGCAGGCAGUGUCAAACACACCAACCUCGGUCUCGCUCAGCUGGGACAAACCCCUUACCGGCAAUGGAGAGAUCCUCACCUACAAGCUGUACUACACAGAUAAAAGCGUAGCUAAUGAACAGGAUGUUGACAUAAAUGGUCAGUCUUACACCAUAACUGGGCUGAAGAAGAACACAGAGUACAGCUUCCGUGUGGUGGCCAACAACAAACAUGGUCCAGGUGUCUCCACUGAGGAUGUCAUCGUCCGCACACUGUCUGAUGUUCCAGAUGCCCCUCCUCAGAACCUUACCCUGGAGGUCCAGAACUCAAAAAGCAUCAUGCUUCGGUGGCAGCCUCCACCCCUGAGCAACCAGAAUGGAGAGAUCACCAGCUACAAAAUACGCUACCGGAAAGGAUCCCGGAGGAGUGAAUCAGCUGUCACCACCGCAGGCACCCAGCUUUACAAGCUCAUUGAUGGUCUGGAGCCCGGUACAGAGUAUUCCUUCCGGGUGUUGGCAAUGACAGUGAAUGGCACAGGACCGGCCACAGAGUGGACCACAACAGAGACGUUUGAGAGCGACCUGGACGAAUCACGCGUACCGGACCAGCCCAGCUCACUGCAUGUUCGACCUCUGGUCAACAGCAUCGUAGUGAGCUGGACUCCACCGGAGAACCAGGAGAUUGUGGUGCGUGGUUAUACUAUCGGCUAUGGCAUUGGAAGCCCCCACGCUCAGACCAUCAAAGUGGACUACAAGCAGCGCUACUACACUAUUGAGAACCUGGACCCCAGCUCCCACUAUGUGAUCACUCUGAAGGCCUUCAAUAACGUGGGGGAGGGAAUUCCUGUGUACGAGAGUGCUGUAACCCGACCACAAUCAGACCCCUUAGACCCCGAUGUUGACCUGUACGAAAUCUUCCAUGCUCCAUACACCCCAGUACCAGACCCAACCCCCAUGAUGCCUCCUGUGGGUGUUCAGGCCUCCGUGCUGAGUCAUGACACCAUCAAGGUGACCUGGGCUGACAACUCAUUACCCAAGAACCAAAAGAUCACAGAUAACCGAUUCUAUACUGUGAGAUGGAAGACCAAUAUCCCUGCCAACACUAAAGUGAAGAUGGCCAACACCAGCAGCCUGAGCCACAUGGUGACGGGUCUCAAGCCCAACACACUUUAUGAGUUCUCCGUCAUGGUGACCAAAGGCCGCCGCACCAGCACCUGGAGCAUGACAGCACAGGGCACCACCUUCGAGACCAUUCCCAGCUCCUCCCCAAAAGAUGUGACUGUGGUGAGCAAAGAGAACAAACCUCGCACCAUAAUUGUCAACUGGCAGCCUCCCUCUGAAGCAAAUGGGAAAAUCACCGGCUAUAUUAUUUACUACAGUACAGAUGUAAAUGCAGAAGUCCAUGACUGGGUUAUUGAGCCGGUGGUGGGUAAUCGCCUCACUCACCAGAUCCAGGAGCUGACCCUGGACACCACCUACUACUUCAAGAUCCAGGCCCGAAACUCUAAAGGCAUGGGCCCCAUGUCUGAGGCCGUGCGUUUCCGCACUCCAAAGACUGAGUCUUCUGACAAAAUGGCUAAUGACCAAGCUUCAAAUCUUCCACCAAAACCAGGACUAGGCGGCUCAAAUCCACAGGACUCUGGGACUCCACUUGGUAAAUCAGGUGUUGGAAGCGGUGAAAAUCACAUCCUGGUCAUUGUCAUCAUUAUAUCAGUGGGAGCCUUCACCAUAAUAGUGGUGGUAGUGGGGGCCUUCCUGUGCACACGGCGCACCACGUCCCACCAGAAAAAAAAGCGAGCCGCCUCAAAGUCCUCAAAUGGCUCCCAUAAAUACAAGGGUAACUCCAAAGACCUAAAGCCGCCUGAUCUUUGGAUUCACCACGAGAGACUGGAACUGAAACCUACGGACAAGUCCCCAGAACCCAACCCCGUCAUGACUGAGACACCCAUCCCCCGCUCCUCACAGGACAUCACACCAGCUGACAGCGGCUUGGAGAGCAACCCCCACCUGCAGCAGAGGCGCAACUCCUACCGUGGCCACGAAUCAGAGGACAGCAUGUCUACACUAGGAGGCCGCCGAGGGAUGAGGCCUAAAAUGAUGAUGCCUUUUGAUGCACAGCCACCUCAGCCCGUGAUUAGUGCUCAUCCCAUCCAUUCCCUUGAUAACCAUCACCACUAUUAUCACAUGGGCAGCCUGGCAUCACCCACACGCAGCUACCUCUACCACCAGGGCAGUGGGCUCCCACGCCCACACGCCUGCGCCACCCCCAUCUCCCAUCUAGACAGGGUGGACUCUACAGAUUCGGUGAGGAACACCCCCAGCUCGGAGCCCCUCCCUCCAGCCACCACCUCCUCCCAGGCCUCCUGCCCCUCCGAGAUUCUGGCUGACCCCGAGGGCAGCUACCACGGCUCCACCACCACAGAGGAGGAGACCAGCUACUCCAGCAACCUGCCCCCACACCGUUCAGCCCACCCGCAUGCUCACGCUCACCCACUCAAGAGCUUCGCCGUACCUGCAAUCCCAGCCUCCAGCCAUUCAUCAUACGAGUCGCCUGCCUUGCCCAGCACGCCCCUGCUCGCCCAGACUGGUGAGCCAAGGAUCACAACAUUAGGGCCUCCCACUCACCCUCACAUUGUAAAAACAGCCUCCAUUGGAACUCUAGGAAGGACACGAACACCAAUGGUAGUCACUGUGCCCAACGCCCCUGAUGUGCCAGAGACCAGCAAGAUGCUGGAGGAUGUAGACAGCGUGCUUGCCUCCCUCCCCCCCUGUCCCUCCCCCGCCCCCCGCAGUAACCCUAUUCCUCUCCCUCAGAGCUACGAGCCCGAUGAGCUGACCGAGGAGAUGGCUCAUCUUGAGGGCCUGAUGAAGGACCUGAACGCCAUCACCACAGCGCCAUGAGCAUGCACUCGCCACAGCGUCUACACACAGACACGCUUCUUCUGUCAUGCACACAUGCACACACUUACAGAUGGCCACACAACUCUCACGACAAACAAAACAAAACACAGCCAAACGUAAACCUUCUGGAGCCAGAGGCCACUGGACACUAAAAUGGCCUCUUGUGCCCGUGGAAACUCUUAGGCCCCCCCGCCCCCCUGCACAGAGAGAGAGAGAAAAAAAAACAGGAGAACCUCCAGACUGAAACUUAAGAACUUUUUUGGCUCACCUUGCUCAGUCUCAGGAAGGAGAUCGCCAUCAGAGGGAAGAAAAACGAGAUGCUUCAUCUUUAUAUGAAGAACCAUUCUCAAAGACAAUGAACUUAUAAAUGUUGGUCGCUUUCAACCAGAAGAUUGUGAAUUUUAUUUCCUCAGCAAAAAUCUGUACGGUGCCGAAGGCUCGCUCAAGAAGGUUAAUUCAAUGUCAAGUCAAAAGGAGGAAGUCCAAAAAUAUGCCUGUUUUGAUGUUGGUGCUCAUGCAGCACAGUCUACACACAGUGUUUGUUUGAUUAGUGUUUUCUUUGUGCAUUUUGUAUCUAUUGGGCCGUUUCAGUGAAGUGAGCAAUGGAUAUCAGCCCCUCUUUUUACAAACCUAGUUUUUUUCUUAUCUUUUCCCCUAUUGUGUCAUAUAUUGUGCCAUGAAUUUUUAUUAUUCCAUGUUAUUGUAUUAUUUUUUUACACACAUAUCCUUAAGAACAUGUACAUAUAUUUCUUUUUUUUCUUCAAGCUGCCUCAUUCUUUUGAUGUUUCCCAUUGUUUCAUUAUUAUUAUUAUUUGGGAUGAAAGUGGGAUUACAGUGAGGAGAUGCCAGAUGUGUUUCUACAGUACAUUCUUCUCUGGCAUUUUGUUUCCCACUUUGUACAUUUUAAUGCUUUUCAGUCUUUCUGUUUGUCGUGGGAGCUCCAUUUUUAAAAGCCUUACCAACGUGUUUGUAUGUUGGAGCGUGGAGAAGACUCAGCGUCACGCUGUCACUCGCUUUUGUGGCAGCUUCCCCAUCAUUUUGGGGAAUUGACAGUACCUCCUCACAGGUCAGGGGGUACCUCGGACUCAGGACGCUGUCCCCACCCCUUCCUAAAAGAACAAAUCAGUCAACUACAACUGACAAGUUAUCUUUUAUACGAGAUGUUCGAUUGUAUGUGUGUGUUUCCAAAAACCAAUAUUUGGUUUCAGACAUCUGUUCUGUUGAACCACGUGGGCAUUUUCCUGCAACGGGGAUGUGUUUUGCUGUUUGCUAUUCUUCAUCAGACGCCACACUGUGGUUCUUUUACAAAUCUUAUAAGAUGCAAAGACGUUGGCCUUUUGAAGGGGGGACUCCCAGAUUUUUUUACAUGGUAGGUUUUGUAUGAAGAAAAAAAAGCUUGUUCUGUACACAAAUCUGCUGUAAAAAGGAAAAAAAGAAGUUCAUCUAAGAAACUAGUUUUUCAUUACCCUCUUACCCAAAGAAAUUUGUCAUUUGCAAUCAUAGUAAUUUGCUCUACUUUUGUGAAUACUAUGUUUCUCAUAAAUGUACAUCGUCAUGAAUGUCAGUAUAACUGUAAGAGAUUUUAACUAUGGAAACAAACAAGGAACAAGUUUUGGGGGUGAAGUUGAGUAAAAACAACGGUGGGAGAAAAAGGACCGGACUCCAUUUGGGAAAUGAUCUAUUGAGUUGUAAACAGUUGAACCUGUAUUGCACUUUUUCACAGUUUUUGGAAAGUACAUUUCUUACAUAUCUUGUGUUUUAAAUAUCAAAAGCUGUUUGUGUAACGUAGUGUCCUAGAUAAGCAGCAGGCAGCUGGUCUUGUUUUUUUUUUUUACAUUUUUUUUUUUUGCUUGAGAGAUGAUAUGAAUUGAGCAGCCGAGUUUUUUGACUCCGCAGCUCACAAUGAGGAAUUCUGUUGUUCUGCUUGUUCAUGUACAGAGCUUUCUUUGCUUUCUGUAGAAAAAAGAAGAAUCUGUGGCUUUUUAAAAAAUCUUCAAAAAAUGUUUAAAAAAAAAAAAAGAUUUUUUUUUUUUUUUUAUUGGUGCUCCUAUACAUUGUGUAUACAAACUAUUAUGAAUACUAACAAAGUAAAUGUUUCCACUCGUCUUCUUUUCAUCAAAAGUGAUCUAAAUACCCGACAGGAAUUAACUUGGUAUUUAUCAAUCACUAUACAUUGUGUUCCAAAUUAUGAUGCAUAUGCUGUUUUUGUUCAUUUCUCAUAAGUAAUCAAUGCAAAUGACAGUGAAUGCAAUUUUUUUUCAUCGUAUGAAUUAUAUUAGGUCAUAUAAUCUGAAUUUUAUUGAACGAAGCUAUCAAUGAUAAAAACCGCAUUUUUGCCAGUCACUCAAAAUACAUUGUUCAAAAUAAUUAUGCAUAACAGUUUCAAAACAUUAAAUAGGUUGCAAAGAACUAAAAGAGCAUGACUGUCAUAUUUUUUGCAUUAUGUAGAAGAUUUAUUUAUAUAUAUAUAAAAAAAAAAUCACAGAUCAAGUUCCAUGUUGACGUAGAAAAACCCUUUUUGAUAUCAUCUUAACUCUCUCAUUCAUUGAACUUGGAUGUCUCCAGAUAGUUUCUUUCUGAAUCAGAUUUCAGGUUAUCAGAAUUGUCUCCCAAAGUGCGGUGUGUUUUCCCCCUUUAUACCUGUAGCAGCCAAAGAUUUAAUGGUUUUUCUUGCAGCAUGUGAUGCUGCUUUAUCUUGCAUGAAAAUUAUUUCAAUGCAGAAGGUACGGUUAUUUUAUACCAUGGCAAGAAAUGGUCAAUUUGAAACUGCAUGUAUUUUGCAGAAGUCAUUUUCACACACACACACAUCCUAAAGACGCUUACUAUGUCACUCCCCAUUAUUCCAGCCCAAAACACUCCAUCACCACCUUGCUGAUGCUGCAGCCUUGUUGGGACAUAGUGGCCAUCCACCAUCCAUCCAAAACUCCAUCCAUUUGGACGAUCCAGUGUAGCAUAGCAUUCAUCUUGGAAUAAAACUUUGAAAUGUAGUAUUCAUGUAUUUCUGAACCCACUACAAACUUUUCUCCACGUGGGGAUUGAUGGCAAAAAUACAGCUUUAUGCACAACUCCAAGCCCUCUGGAGAUGUUCAUGGGAUUUCAUGGACACCAGUAGCUUCAAAUACCUGCCUGCAGCUCAUCAGUGGCUUUUUAACUACUGCUCUCUGAAUAUAUGAUGCAUUUACCUGACAGACUUUUCCUGAUAUGCAUUUAUCUGAAUGAACCUGUUUGUUCUCUGAAUCUCACUUUUUUUCAGUUUGCGUGCACUGCAAAAAGGAGCUAUCUUAAUAUAAAAAAAUUAAUUAAGAAGAUUCAGACUAUAGUCAAGUGAAAUAAUCUGACAGUGUAGUAAGAAAAUUACACUUGGAAAGAUUUCCUAAAAUAAGAAAAACAAAUAGAUUAGACAUGUGAGAAAUAUCUUAAAACAAGUUGUGAACAUUCAUUUCAAGUAGCUUAAGUAAA